AAUUUGUUGGAUGAUGGUGCUGAUGAUUUCCAGAAGGCACUUCACGUCGUCAUUCGAUGCCUCAAUGACCCAAAGAAGUACUUUGAAAAGGUACUUCGCCAAGCAAUCAAAAGGGCUGGGACAGAUGAGGAUGCUCUCACUCGUGUGAUUGUUACGAGGGCAGAGAGGGACUUGAAGGACAUCAAGGAGCUCUACUACAAGAAGAACAGUGUUCAUCUUGAGCAUGCUGUGGCCAAAGAAACAUCAGGAGAUUACAAGGCCUUCCUCGUUACCCUGUUAGGGCAGGAAGAUUGAAACCCUUCUCUGAGCAAGUUAUUAGUAUAAUAAUCCAGUUGGUUGUGUUUCAUGUUGGACUUUGAUGGCAGUCUUUGUUUUCUUAUGUUUGUGUCUUAAGUUACCAUGUUGGAUUGGCUAUCUGUCUUCGUCUAUGUUUGUUGGAGUUUGAGUUUUUAUGAAGAGUUGUCUGUCAGACUUUCAAAUUUGAUGGAUGAAUUAAGCAGAAGUUACAUUUA